AGAUCAGCGACCUGCACUCGUAUAAAGCCACAAAUGACACACGAGCACUUCAGAAGGACAUCAGCACUCAACAUGAAGCUGAUCAACAUCUGCCUGACUGUUCUAGUCUUUAUAAAUGCUGUUAAUUCAGCAGCUAUGAGAGAAGGAAAUGAAGAUUUGUUACGUUUUUUGAAGGAUGCAUUUGAAAUGAAUCUGCCUCUUGACCACACUGAUCCAACACCGCUCUCAGAAAUGGAUUUAGCAACAGAGAAGAUUCUGGAUCCUGUACAUCUGACAGAUCCGACUGCAGAAUGUAAAGCCUCUGAAAUUGUUGUCAACUCUGCUGACUUUUCCAAUACAACACCCAAACCAAAUCUGGUAGAUAUUGCAGAUGUUGCUGAAGAGAGAUCAACUGAGAGUAGCAACUCAGACAGCAGAUUAGCUGAAAGAACAUCCACUGAAGACAGCAGAGAAGGUGACAGCGACAAGAGGUUACGGCUGAGACCAGCACUCACAGAGAGUAUGAGUAUGGACACAGACGUGACUGAGGGCUCAAACAAACAUAUUGAUGAAGCAACAGAAAUUAAUACUUUUAUUCAGCAAGGAUGCAUGGAAUUGACCCAAAAUAAGAUGAUGGAGGACAUUAGUAGUCAGGAAAUGGACAGACCUAAGGAAAACGGGAGAUACCGACCUCCAAGGACCCAGAUGUUGUUAGAAAAACACAACUCUGUGGUCACAGACACAGGCAGACAAAAUCUGGACUUUAUGAAAGAGAUGGAUCCCAUAAUUCAGAGUUUUGCCGGUAGAAUGAACCUCAAAGACCAGACUGGUAAACCACAUGAUACUGAUAAACACCAGCAGGAGAGCCGCAAAAGAGCAAUGAAUUUAGACAGCCCAGAGUUUGUGGACACCCUGGACAGACCAGACCUAUAUGCUGACAGUGAAGAACGUGGUGGUCCAGGAAUAUCUCAGGAAUCAAAGUGAAACUGAACUAUGCUGAUAACCAGGACUUACUGGAUGACAACAGGGAACUGGCCGAUCAGAUCCCAGGAUGCAUUGAAACAUCUGUUGAACAUCCCAUGGAAGAGAACAACAGUCUGCAUGCCCCUAAUAUGGGCCAGAAGAUUCAAAA